CGGUCGAUACACAUACACGCGAUUUACGAUGUUCGUUAUCUGCUUUGGUCUCUCGGUUUCCGAAAUUGGCAUAUCAAUUGGGGUUUGCCAUCGAAAAUGAAUCAGAUAUACAUACACAUGUCAUAAUUGACUGUGGUUAUAAGUUAAUCGAUACACAUCGCAUCGUUCAAAUGGCUUGACGGCGCUAAAUAGUCUGAUUCCAUUCAAAUUUGGUCAUGAUUUCGAUGGCACGGUGAACAAGCACAUUUGAUGCGGCACAAAUUCGUACACAUACGUCUUCUUUUUGCAUCUUUUACCAUAAAUUAUUCAUAUUUUUCACCACAACACACCGACAACACACUUGACUUUCUAUUCACAUGACAGACACUAAUCACUAUUGACUCUUAUAUUGCUGAUAUAAUCGCGUACAAAUAUUGGAUUUUUUGCUUGCGGGAUGCUUCGGUAAGUUUAGAAUUUGUGUGUGACAAGUAACAUACCGCCUUUGGCUAGUAAAAACAACGAACUAAAGUCUCGACUGGCUCUGGCUAGAGAUGUAAAGUGAAGGUAAUGCUGAGAGGAAAAGCAAUAUGAUCAAUUGUUAUUAACUUAUUUACCAAUUAUCAAGUUUCAGUAUUUCAGGCUGGCCAAGUCUGGUCACGCACUUCAAUAAACGAAAAAAAAACUAAGUAAACAAACGAUGCCAACAAUUUAAUGCAGAGUCAUACGUAAAUCGGUAAUUCAUUAACAAAAAUACACUUAAAAUUAAUCUUGAAUUGCGACACUGACAAAAAUAGCAUUUAAUCGGUGUCUUUUCAAUAAAUUCGGUCGAUUCACAUUCAAAUUUUUUCAGUUUCGGCUUCAGCAUUUUGGUGUGUACAUUUAUGAUGUGUUUCCGAGCUGGCGCCAAAUAUUGCAAAAUUAUCGUAUGUUUCUUUCUUCGGUUGUAUAUUCCAGCUGUCUCACGAUGAAAACCAAACUCGUUUAUCGAAUAUGAAAAACCAACUAAGAUUAUGGGCGAGCUAGAUUAAUGUGGGUAACCAUAAACGGUUGAUUGUUGCGUAAUACGCUUUUUGGAGAACGAACAUCGAAACGCAACCGAUUUUAAGUUAUCUGAGAGAGUGUACGGUUUUUCUAAUGGCUUUUUUCUCUUGUUAUUCGUUCGUUUGUGCGUUGUUGCCGAUCGAUGCGCGGCGGAAAUACAUGAAGAUGAAUUUCAUUCAACUAAUAAGACAAUUUAAUGGACAUUAAUUUGGACACUUAAGUGUAAUCAGUGUCAUGAAAACCAUUGGAAAUGAUUUGGAUGCCCUUGCAGUGGCUGCACUAUAAAAAGACGGAAUUUCUCCCGUAGAACAUCAAUUGUAUUUUUCGAUAGUUCUAAAGAAGUGCAGCUCAACAUUGGUGACUGGGGUGUUGGUGGAUAUAGGAAAGAAAUAGUUUGAAAAUUUAUUGUUUUCGGUAGUGCAAGUGGUUUUAUUUCUUUCUCUCGAGACAAAAUGGUGUCGAAAUUGAUUGUUUUGUGUCUGAUGAUAAGUACCGUUUUGAUUGGGCUGGCGGCAGCCAAUGAGCCAAAGAAAGAGGGCUACGAAACCAAAUACGAUAACAUCGAUCUGGAUGAAUUGUUGAAAAAUGAUCGACUGCGAAAAAAUUACGUAAAAUGUUUAUUGAAUGAAGGCCCGUGCACGCCUGAUGCACAAGAAUUGAAAAGCUCACUUCCAGACGCGAUAGCCACCAAUUGCUCAAAAUGCACCGAGAAGCAAAGAAGUGGUUCCGAAAAAGUGACACAUUAUCUAAUUGACAAUCAGCCGGAGGAAUGGGAUCAAUUGGCCGUUAUCUAUGACAAAGACGGUGAAUAUAAGCGAAAAUAUAUUGAAUCGAAGAUGCAUGAACCAAAUGCUACUGAUCCCAACGGAGAAAAUGACAAAAAAGACGACGAAACCGAGGAAAACGAACGGAACGAACAACCCGAAGCUAAAAAUAAACCGGAAUAGAGGAAAAGACAAUGUGUGGAUAAAUGGAUAAACAACGGUCAACGGUCCCAUCUUUUUGAAAUACAAUACUUUAUUACUUUGAAUUACAUGAAAUUUGUUUGAUGUAGCAACAGUACACGCACCUGCAAUAAAUGGUCAAAAUAUGAACGACUAAAAACGUU